GACAUCAGCAUCCUCAAGGACGGCACGGUCAACAAGGGCGGCAAUGUGGUCACGGAGGACGGCGAGAUCGUCGGGCGCGUGGUCGAGGGCGAGCUCGCGGAGCUGGUGGGCCGGAAGGUGGACGAGAACGGCGCGGUCUGGAGCAGCGACGGCAAGGUGAUCGGGCGCGCCGAGGUCAUCCCGGAGGACGAGCGCGAGGAGAUGCUGCGCGAGCCCGCGCCGUUCGAGAGCUUCCCCGAGGCGGUCGUCGACAAGGACGGCAUGGUCCUCGCCUCGCCGGGCGGGGAGGCGGUGGGGAAGGUCGUAGAGGGCGAUGUCGGCCUGCUGAAGGGCAAGAGCGUGGAUGCGGACGGCGAUAUCCUGGACAAGGUCGGGAAUGUCAUUGGCAAGGCGGUGCGGUGGGAGCCGGAACCUGAGCCCGAGCCCGAGCCCGAGCCGGAGGUCGACAGAUCGGUGCUGGCGGGCAAGCGCGUGAAUAAGGCCGGGAACGUGGUGGAUGAGAACGGGGUCAUCUUCGGUCGGGUUGUGGAGGGCGACGUCAAGAAGAUGGUCGGCCGCAUGUGCGACAAGCAGGGCAAUGUCCUCAGCGAGAGCGGCGACAUCCUCGGCAAGGCUGACCCCGUCCCCGAGGGCGAGCGGGAGGGCGUGAAGGAGGGCCCCUUUGCUGAACUCGAGGGCUGCACGGUGGCCAAGGACGGCACCAUCGUCACGCCGGCCGGAGACAUCGUCGGCCGGCUGGUCAGCGGCGACGGCAAGCUCCUGUUCGGACGCGCUGUCGAUGAGGACGGCGACAUCCUGGACAAGAACGGCAACGUCGUGGGCAAAGCCGAGCGGUGGGAGCCCGAGAAGGUCGAGCGCGAGAAGAACCCCAUGUCCGGCCGCCGUGUCAACCGCGAGGGCAACGUGGUCGAUCAGGAUGGCAAUGUCAUCGGCAAGCUCACCUCAGGCGAGCUGAUUGUCUGCACCGGAAAGGAUAUCGACGACGACGGGGAUGUCGUCGACUACAAGGGCAACGUCGUCGGCCACUGCACUCUCCUCGAGGACCUCCCCGCAGAGCAAGAGAGCCCCGAAGAGAAGGCAAAGCGCGAGCAAGAGGAGCAGGACAAGAAGCUCGCCGUCCAGAUGGCGGUGUGUAUCGAGCAGUGCCUGGACAGCAUCCGGCCCAUCUGCAAGAUGAUCACCGAGAAAAUCGACAAGGCCGAGCGCACGCCCGCAGAUGAGCGCGACGAGGAGCAGCUCGUCGGGGAGGUCCGGCCGCUGAUCGAGGAGGGCGGGCGGAUCCUCAACGAAGCCAAGGGCGUCAUCAAGGGCCUCGACCCGGAGGGCAGGAUCGCGGCCAACGCCAAGUACAAGACGGCCUCGCGCGAGGCCAGCCCGGAGGAGUACCACCUCGCCGACGUGCUCAAGGACCUCACGGGCGACGUGACGCAGUGCAUCGACAAUGCCAAGCGCAAGCUCGAGGACAUGCCGCACGCGAAGAAGGCGCUGAACCCGCUCUGGGGGCUGCUGAACGAGCCGCUGUUCCAGAUCUUGGCGGCCGUGGGCUUGUUGCUGGCUGGUGUGCUCAAUCUGGUGGGCAGGCUUCUGAGCGGGCUCGGAUUGGGCGGGAUCGUCGAUGGACUUCUCGGCACGCUGGGUUUGAACCGCGUGCUCGAGAGCCUGGGCAUUGGAUCGUUCAGUAAGAGCUCGAAGAGCGGCAAGAAGGGUGGGCUACUUGGCGGUGUGCUUGGUGGUUAA